GGCAAGACAAGAGACUGCUCGAGUUAUAAACACUAGAGUCAACACUGCCCAUUGUCAAAUGUGUUCUCUGCUAUUUAAUAUGAACGAGUAUUCAUUACCAUUAAACACUCUGCAGACGUUUCUCUUAAAAAAAACAAAAGUGGUUUUUGUAACAGAGAUCUCGGAUACGGUGUCCUGGCAGUCCUCGCUUGGGCGCUCAGGAAGCAAUCCCCACAUGAAUGCGUGUGUUUAGAGCUCAGCAAGUCACGUGAACUGGCUCCACGCGACGUCGCCGGGCCAACUACGUCACGUUCUGCGACGGAAAGCGAAGGUUCGCCUGCGUGUUUAGAACUCGGAGGUUUUAUUUGGAGGAGCGGAGACCGCGAGCGCUAGCAAGAUGAUCGAACAGAAUAAACGGAAGGGGCUCGAGCUGGUCCCAGUACCGGCGAAAAAACCCAGAAAUGACAUGGUGGUGGCGACUGUGGCCGCGGUAAGAAAGCAUUGGAGUGGGGAUUAUUAUUAUUAUUAUUGACAGUGUCACGUGUAUUUACUAACAUGAGACUUACUGGAAAUUCAAAGCGGGUUUAGGAUAACAACAGAGAUUGCCAGAUGUCUAAUAGGAGUCUAAUCAAGAGAUAAGUGCAGUCCUACCCCAGUACACAAAAUAAUCAACAGGCACGCGUGUCUCCAAUCACAGGGUGUGUGUGCAGUGUGUGUGUGUGUGUGUGUGUGUGUGUGUGUGUGUGCAGUGUGUGUGCAGUGUGUGUGUGUGUGUGUUAGCAGGCUCACUGUGUGUAAAUGGAUGGCUGCGUGUGUAGGCUAGUGUGGGUCACUACAUGCCUCAUAUGUCAAGUGAAUGGGAAGUGUACAAGCGCCUCUUAAAUAUAUAAUAAUUUUUAAUUCAUUCCCUUAACCCCUUAAGGACACAUGACAUGUAUGACAUGUCACGAUUCCCUUUUAUUCCAGAAGUUUGGUCCUUAAGGGGUUAAAGAGGUGGCCCUGUGGAGUAUGUUAUGUAGGAUCCAGUUAGUCUGUGCGCUGUGAGUAGAGCUCUUGCAUGGCUCUCAACUCUCUUGGACCUUUGCAGUGGGGCCUAAUCCUGCUUGGUGCAGAAUUGGCAUAUGUGAUUUUCCCCCCCACCCCCCUCCCACUUCAUGUAUACAUAAUUUCUCUAUGCCACCAGGGCUCAAAAGAAGAGCAAACUAUACCUGGCACACAAAUGUGCAUGACAACAGUCUUGGGUGAUUGGAUUUCCAUAUCUAUUGUGUAUAACUACCUCUUUUUGUAUCUUUGCAAGCCUUUAGUUAUAAAUCAUGUGGGUAUUUAUUUUUAGGCAGAGCUGACAGAGUAUGUGGGAAAAACCCCAAAAAGAUACCACCAAAGUUCUCAGCAGAUUUUAUUGUUUGCUUGUUACACAUGCAGUUGCAGGCAGUCCUCUUCAUACAGAGGAUGAAUCCCUUCAGUCAGGAGCAUCCAAAUUACACAGGGUUCAGUGUAACGGAUCUGUAAACUCAUGGCAUGGCUGCUAUCCGUUUCCACAGCCCAAUUUGCUGUUUAUUGAACUGGGCUAUUGACAUUCUUAAAUGAGAGCUCAGAAAUUAUGGAGCUCAAUCCAAAUUGUUUGCAUAUGGCAUACAAAACUUGAACAAACUUGACAUUGCUCAACCAGUAAGCGUUUCAAAUGACUGAAGUAGAGCGUAGGUUUAGGACACAUUAUGUAUCAUCACAUUUGCAAUAAUGCAAAUGCAAAGCUGUUAUGGAACUUUUGAGUAACCUUUUAUAAUUUGGAAUUCACUUUCAGUUCCUGAUAAUUCAAACUUUACUGCAUAUCCCUGCAUGUGAGCUGUAGAUGCAGAUAUUUUACAGAUAAGAAAUGUUUACGAACAAGAAUAGUUGGAAAUAUGAAGUUAGUAGAUAUGUGGGAAUGUAUACAAAAAAAAACUGCAAAGAUAAAUACUGUAUCAAUAGCCACUUUAAAUGAGCUCUAAACCUUCUUUUUUUUUCAAUAAAUAACAAUACUUUUCUGUCUCUUACAUGGAACAUCAUAAACUUAUCAUUCUAUCCUACAUAAGCCUGUAGUUCUCCAUGAUAGUGUUACAAAAGAGUUGGUACACAGGAUCUUGUUAUGGUCUAGCUAUAUCCAUUCCACAUAAAACAUGUUUUCCUAAUACUUGCCAACAUUGGAGGUCAUGUUAACAAAACAAAGGAGCGUUCAUGUUCAGGCUAAUUUUCUACAAGUACAUUAUUUUCUUAUGUAUAAAACUGUUAUUCCGCUCUUUAUUCAUUUGAUUUUAUCAAUAAUUACAUUCGCAACAAGGUGGUACUACAUAAUAUAAGUUAAUAUUACUAGGGGGGGGAAAAAAAGACACAUUUGCCAUUUUGAAAGUGUUUUUUAUUUUUAUUUUUUAUAUAUAUAAUAUAUAUUAAACAAAAAGAACGUAGAAAACUGCUGCUGCUGUUGAUGAUGAUAGUAGCAAAAACAUGUCAGAAAGAAAGGUCAACUUUUACACAAAACGUUUUUGUUUUGUACCAUUGUGUUUCUCUUUAAAUGAUUUUAUUAAUGAAUUUUCGAUAACACAAUAAUAAAAUUAAAAAAUUACUAAUAACAAUAACAGGGGAAUAAUACCAUUGUGUUUCAUUGCAUUGUUCCAGUACAUUGGAAGACACAAGUUUGUGAAGGAAGAAAAAAUAAUGAAAUUGGAAUGGGAAAAUAAAAGGAAAUAAGAAAUACAAUAAAGAAUAUUAUGGCACAAAUAGGAAAAGUUCCAGAAAAAAAAUGCGUAAACAUAACAAUUUUUAUAAGUAACCACAUUGACUUUUAGCUGCAACUAGUAUAUUUUUACAAUUUGUCUCAAAAUAGUAUGUUUCCGAAGGGCACAUAAGCUACGGUGAUCACUGACUUGGUCAAUAGCUGUUAUUCCUUUUUUUUUUUUUUUUAAUGAUUUUGCUAUAUUUGCCAAGUUGCUGUAAUCUAGGCUAAAUACUUUGAUAUUAUUUCUAUAAGCCAUGUGUAUAAAUUGUCCUAUGGGUAAUUUUAUUGUAGAAAAUUUAUUCCAAUAGUAAAAUAAUUGCUUAUUGAAAGUAAAUAGAAGAAUAUUAAUCCAUGUUGGCAUUCAUCUAAUUUUCUUCUCUCAAGGGUCCACCAAGAACAUCCAGUCUCCAAGCUCCAAUUAUGCUACUCUCUGGCCAUGAAGGAGAAGUUUACUGUUCUAAAUUUCAUCCAAAUGGGCUCACAUUGGCUUCUGCAGGAUUUGACAGGCUAAUCUGUAAGUAAAUGUUACUUGCCAUCAUUUACUCUGGGUGUGUGUGUGUGUGUGUGUAUAUAUAUAUAUAUAUAUAUAUAUAUCUCUAACAUAGCUGAAAAGAGACUUGCGUCCAUCAAGUUCAGCCUUCCUCACAUUUGUUUUUUGCUGGAUGUAUAUAUAUAUGUGUGUGUGUGUUCAGGGCAUAGAAAGCCAUAAUGAAAGUAUGUAACUUAUAUAACAUAAUUUAUGAUGAGAUAGAAAAAUGUGAACAGUCGGUUGUGGUGUGCUGAAACUGAUGCGGUAGGCCUGUAAUAAAGAGGGCAAAAAUAGUAUACCAUGCAAGAUUUAUUCAGCCUACAAGGACAAUCCUAUAAGAUACAUCACAUUAUCAGGUUACAAAAUGCUUUCACGUAUUUCCUGUAUUGGAUGAUGUAUGUAUCUGGUAUAUGCUGAUGAAUUCCACCGUCCCAAUGUUUUGAUAUGUACCGGUGUGUUUCUGCUGGAAGCAGUGGUGGCUGCUCCAAUGCGGAAGGAGUGUCCUGAGUAGUGGGAUGGAUUAAGACCUAACUUAGUCAGCAAUACUCUUUUAUAUACAUCAUGAAUUUACUGGUAGCGAAAACCUUACCAUGUGAUGUGAGCAGAAGUUGAUUUGGAGACCCUGGAACUGUGGUUAGGAAUGUAUCUAGGACUUGCACCGGGCACCAUUUGUUGCCGGUAGGGUAAUAGGGUAUUGUUACUAGAUGGUCCCUUGGUGCAGUUUUGGUGUGUUUGAGGGGCAAUAUGUAGUGGUCCUGUAUUUUAACAAUUUGGGAUCUCUUAAGGCCGCCUUGAGAAGUGACAUUCAUGGUGGUAAACUCUCCGGGUCUAAGGAACCCAUAGAAAGCUACGUAGAUAGCGGUUUUAAUUACAUGAUUGGUAUGUGCUUCAAAAGGUUUUGUAUAAUGAUUUGUUUUUUUAUAUAGUCUGAUAAUGAUUUGAAGAGUUGACUAUGGAUAGGUGAUCUAGAAGAUGUUGGCAUGGUUUUUGAUUUUUUUUUUAAUGCCUUUAAGUAUGGUUUUGAUGUGGUAAGUAGAUAGAAAAUUGUGGUUGUUUGGCCAAAGUGUGAGUAUAUGGUGUUGUAUCCCUGUCAGAUAUAAUUUGAUAGUGUUGCUUGACUCCUCUCCUGCAACUGUCUUUUCAAGCAACCUAUUUCAUUACCCCUACUUAUACCCUUUGUGUCACUAUACCCUACUCCCUCUAGAAUGUAAGCUCAUUGAGCAGGGCCCUUAACCCCUCUGUUCCUGUGCAUCCAUUUGUCUGGUUACAGCUACUUGUUUUGUUAGUCCACCAAUUGUACAGCGCUACAGAAUUUGCUGGCGCUAUAUAAAUAAUAAAAUAAUAAUUGUGUUUAUGGCAAAUGUUCCACUCUUGUUCUUUUUCUAUUUUCUCUAUAUGUACAUGAUCUACCUUUUCCAAAAUCUCAGCUGUGCACAUUUAUGCAGAUGAUGCCAUAAUUGCCACUAAAGGACCACUAACAACAACUUCAUCAAACCCGCAUGGAGUAUUGUAACCCUCUCCUAAUUGGUCUUCCCAAAAGCCAUAUUGCUCCUCUACAGUCUGUAAUGAAUGCUGCCGCCAGACUGAUUUUCCUCUUUAGUUGGUCCUUUCACACCUCACCCCUCUGUACUUACAUUGGCUUCCUGUAUCCUAUAGGAGUUAAUUCAAAGGGCUAACCCAUACCUAUAAAGCAUUGACCAAUUCUAUCCCCUCUUAUAUCUAUUCACAGAUCCAUAGGUAUGCACCUUCUCGGUCUCUCCACUCAGCUCGUAACCUUCUUCUGUCAGUUGCUUGCACCCGUGCAGCCUACUGCUAUCAGACUCUCCCCUAGUCUUUAAUCGUUUAAAAAGUGACUUAAAACCCAUCUCUUUAGGAAAGCUUAUGGCCUCCCAGAGUAACCUCUACCUUACAUACCUGUCUCUUGCUCUCUCCUAAAGGGCAGCACUCUACUCUCUUCUCCAGCUGUGCUUUACUCCCACCUUAUUUGAUUACUAUUUCCUGUCCUAAUGUGUUUUAUAACCCACCUCCUAUAGACUGUAAGCUCAUUUGAGCAGGGUCCUCUUCAACCUAUUGUUUCCGUAAGAUUUCUUGUAAUUGUCCUAUUUAUAGUUAAAUCCCCCCUCUCAUAAUAUUGUAAAGCGAUACGGAAUCUGUUGGCGCUAUAUAAAUGGCGAUAAUAAUAAUCUUGGUUUCAGCUCCUCAAUGUAAAUCAUUGCUGGUUUGGAGAUCUGGCAAUGUCUACAUUGUUGGGCUGGCUUCACCUAUAGUGGCUGUCUCCUUGACAGCCACAAGAUGGUGCUGCUUCACCCACAACAGAGUCAAACUCAGUUCUUGAUGAUUAACAUCCUCGCACACUGCAUAAGUAUGUUGAAUAUCCUUUCUGUACAAGGCAGAAUGCAUUUGAUUUGUCGAAAAGUGAACAAGUCGUCAUCAAAUAAAACUUUUACUGAUGUAGACUGAAAUUAUGACCCUUAUACGAACACUGGCCCGUUCACCAUUCGUACCAGACAGAUUGUGUUAACACAGCUAUUUGUAUGGAGGCUAUAACACAUGUUGUAUAAUUCCUUUUUAUGCAUGUAGCCAUCCAUGUUGCUAUCUGUUUAUUUAUAUAGUGGCCUGCAAUGAUAUGCUUAGAAUGUCGUGUUUAUUUAUAUUUUUAUAUUAUUUUUCUUAACUAUAUUCAAUAAAGUAUAUAUUAUUACUCAACUUUACUUCCUUGCUGUCCCAGUCUUCUCUCAGCUGCCCAACAUCACAGACUUAUACCAUCUUGAUUAUUUUAGCCAAUUUAGUGCUUCCCCAUAGCGAAGCAUUGGGAGGCUAGUGCGCAUAAGCGGCAAAUCUCACUGCACCAAUCAUCAUUGCCUCAUAAAUAUGCAUUGAAUCUGCAUCUCUAUGGGGAGCAUCUUUGCAGGACCAAACCCAGGAAGUCCCUCAAGUGAAAGCCAUUUGAUGUGAUUAUUAUGGAGCAGUGUAAACAGUGUCUUUUCGCAGAAAAUACCAGGGGUGCCCAAAAGGCAGAUCCCCAGAGGUUUUAAAACUACAAAUGAUGCUUUGUAUGCCUUUAGAAUGACAAAACAUUAUGGAAGCUGUAGUUUUAAACCCUCCUGGGAUCUACCCCUGGUUUACACUGUUCAGCACGCAGGGAUAGGUUCUAAGUCCCAGAACCACUCAUAAAAUUUUAGUGGUUCUGAUGACUGUAGCAACCUGUUAAGAAAGCAAAUGUAUUAAAAUUGUCAGGAAAAAAACUCAGCAUGUCCAUCUUAUGAAGGGCUACCAGCAAGAAGGGGACACCCGGGCGAACACAUCGGUACCUGACUCGUAUCUAUCAACGCCCAGAACCAGGAGUGAUCUACCGAGGGUCGAGCCGGGGAGAGGCAGCCGCUUUCCUCGCUCGCGAACCCCCACAGGGAUCCCUCAGCUCUCUUGUCUUCACCCCCACUUUGGACUGUUGGGGGAUAUACCGGAUUGCACUAGGUAUCUGGAGCAACCUGCUCGGAUCGAGUUCUAAGCCUCGAACACCGCACACAUGUGGACUCACCUUAUACACCAGCCUGAGGCUGGCGGAUACCCUCUCUCUUACCUGUGCAACAGCGGCCCUCCGAGGCCCACCAGCGGGCUCAAACUGUUUCCCAGCAGAGGGAGUCGGAUUACAGUCACAUGCAUAGUAUGCCGUGUCUCCAGUGCUCUCGUCAACGUAUUCAUGUGCACCUCACACAGACCUGUGGACUUACCUACUCAUUGCAGCUACACUUAAGACUUAAUGUGACCUUUUCCUAGAGCCCCAGACUACAGUGCCAAGCAAUUUUUAGCAUAGCCUAUGUUUUUCAGUUUGUGCUUUUCUGCAUACCCACAUAUGAUAGACGCACUCUCGUGCACACAUAUAGCAUUACGUGUCUCACCCAACCUAACUGCCUAAAUAACGUUCUUGACCUGUACUCCGCACGUUUGCCCAAACAUUCUCUACUUUUAGUAGACACAUCCACAUAAUCUAUUGUCUCUUGUAGCUUAAAGUGUGUGGUCUCGCUUAAUGUCCUAGGCUACUGAUACCAGCAUGUUUUCAUAUAUUUACCCUUUCUUGACCACACCAUCUUUAUUAUCAUGUUAUAGUAUUUACAAAAUUGUGCAAAUGUAUUUGAUACCACGCCACUGUUUAUUCUAAUUGUUUUGACUCACCUGCUAUAACUGUCGUGGUAUCAUGUUUAUCACUUGCGCCACAAAAAAAAAAUGGUCCGGCUACUUUUUUAUUAAAUUUUUUUAUUAUUUAUACAAAACUGUAGCAAAAAAGCAUUGUAAAUAGGAAAGCAUAACAUUGUGUGUACAUUGCUGGAAAUGCAUAGUAAUGAAUGGUUGGUAUAUGAAAAAUAUUGCGCUAUUUGUUGCUAUUCUGGUAAUGUUUCAUUAAUGUAUCCUUUCCUUCAUGUCUCGCAGUACUUUGGAAUGUAUAUGGUGAAUGUGACAACUAUGCAACCUUGAAAGGGCACAGUGGGGCAGUGAUGGAGCUUCACUACAAUACAGAUGGAAGGUGGGUUACCUAUUUCAGGGAAAGGAUAUUUAAAGUAAUGCACAUUUUCACUACGCUCCUGAAUAUUAAAAAAAAAAAAAAAAAAAACUGCAACACGAGAGAUUUUCAUAUUCACUUUAUUUAUUUUUUACUUGUGUUAUUGUACACAAAACUAUAUAUUGCUUUUGCUGAGUGUGAGGGGAAUGCAGUACACUGUUGGGAGGGGGAGGGAGGGGACUUGUUGUUUUGAAGGUGUUGAUAUCAUCUUCUAUUGGACAUUAAUAUAUAUAUAUAUAUACAUAUACACACACACACACACACACACACACACACACACAAAGGUCAUGCUUUAUAUAUUUUCAGCCACCCUCCUGUUAGCUUACCUUUGUGUCCAGGAGGGUGGCUUGCUUGGAGCUCUGGCUGAAGCUGAUGAGAUCAAGCAUGCAGCAGCUCACUCCAGCCUCUCCUGUACCCCCACGCUGUUGACUCCUGCCUCUAUACUGCUGUCUCCUCUCUCCAGUCCUCCUGGGCAGGCAGCUCUCUGUGAAGCAGGGAGUAAAUGGCUGUCACUUCCUCCCUGCUGGCUGACAUCACAGGGGCUUGGUCGCCUCUUAAAGGACCGGCAUCCGACCAGGCCACUGUUUAAUGAGUAAUAUGGGGCUGUUAUGGGGCACAAAUCAUACACAAUAUAAUGGAAAUCACACACACACAUCAGAGUGUGUGUGUGAUUUCUGGGAUAUUGUGUAUGACUUGCAGGUGUCAGGGAGCAGCAUUCACCAUAUUACUACUGGGAGAUUUGGGAUGCCUGCAUUGAGAAUUUUGCUGUGCCUUUUGAGUAAUCUUGGCUGGAUGGCCACUUGUGGCUAGAGUAGCCACAGUACUAAAUUCUCUAUUUAUAGAAAAUGUGUCUAACAUUGACCAAUGAAUAUCUAAACACUUUGAGAUAACUUUGUAACACUUUACAGCUUUAUGUAACGCAACAAUUAUUGAUCACAGGUCUUUUGAGAGCUCUUUUGUUGUGAGUUAUUGUUCACAUCAAGUUAUUAAAACAAUGCACCCAUAUAACAUGUACACAAGUAGCCCACAAAAUGUUUUCCUUUUGGGACAAAUUUGAGUACUCCGGUUCUGAGCGCCCUGCUGUAGAAUAACUUGAGGUAUUACACAUUGAGUUCUUACAAAGGUGAAUAGUCCUGAUAAAAGACAAAGUGAAUUUUAAACCCAAUGUAAAAAGUAAUUUGCCUAGGGCGAGGUUAGACCACCUUCGACACUCCAGAUGUGUUGGACUACAUCUCCCAUAAUGCUCUGACAGCCAUUAUGCGGGCAAAGCAUCAGGGGAGAAGACGGCCACAACAUCUGGAGUGUCGAGGUUCCCUACCCCCCGACGUAGGGUUUCACAUACUUUUUCCAACCUGUGCUAUGAAUAAUUGAAUGAUAUAUAUUAAAUAUGUGCAAGAACAAUACAAUAAUUUGUGUUAGUCAAAACCGAUUGUUUAUUACUGUAACUUAUGAACAAAAGCAUACUUAAGUGCAGUCAAAUCUGGUUUGGUAACAUUUAUACCUCUCAUUAUAUUGGUAGAAAUUAGUGUUAAAAUGAAAAGUGAGAAACUGGAAUUCUUCUCCUUAGUUAAAUAUAAUAUCUUAUUGUAUUUUAAAUUUGCACGUCUGUUUUGAUAAAGUAGAGGUUAUAGCGCACAUGCUCUGAAAUAUGGCCUUGAUUUUCACAGAAAACAUGACACCUACGCAUAGACACCAUGGGAUGUAGUUGAAUAUUAGGUUAUGUAUUAAUAAAGAUGAUUUCAAAAUAAAGUUCUGUCUGCCCUAUAUAAAAUAAUUGUGUGCACACAUGCUUUGAAUAAAUCUAGCAAAUUUAGUAUACAGAGUCCUAGACAGGGCAUUUAAAAUAUUGUUUAGGUAAAAAAAAAAAAAAGAGGACUCCCUUUUUGUGUUUUCAUUUUAGUUUGCUGUUCUCGGCAUCUACCGAUAAAACAGUCGCUAUUUGGGACUGCGAGACAGGGGAGAGAGUGAAGCGGUUAAAGGGACAUACCUCCUUUGUCAAUUCCUGUUAUCCUGCAAGGCGGGGUCCUCAGCUGAUUUGCACAGGCAGUGAUGAUGGUACCGUUAAGGUAAGUACAGUACAGUGUAUCAAAACUUGUGCUAGAGUCUUUCAUUAUGCUGGCAAGUAUAGAGUGGAAUUACUUGUCUCAGUCAAUGCAUGGUGGAAUCAAGGGCAAAGAAGGAGUUGACUGGUAUUGGGCAUGUUUGAGUGAAAUGAAUACAUAGCAGAAGGAGGAGGAAAUUACAAUAAUAAAAAGCUGACUAGCUACACUUUAUGCAUUACAUGCAUGUAUUCUUACUUAUCUUUAUUUGCGUUUUUUAAUACCUCUAACAGCUGUGGGAUUUCAGGAAAAAAGCAUCUGUGCAGACCUUCCAAAAUACAUACCAGGUGUUGUCGGUUACUUUCAAUGAUACAAGUGACCAGAUCAUUUCAGGAGGCAUUGAUAACGAUAUUAAGGUAAGUAAAUGCAGUUUAGUAGGCCACACUUUUCUGAAUUGUUCCAAACAUCAAGUUCUUCCAAACAUCCAGGACCUUUUGAAUGGCAGGAUAUAGAAAGUGUCUUGUGGCACUGAGAGACCACUUGAUUUGGUCAUUUGGUUGGCUGAGCAAGAUGGGAAAUAUAGUUCACAAAAAUAGCCCCCCUCUUUCCCAUCGAGAAGCACUGGUAGGCGAGUGUGUCUAAGCAGCAAACUGUGGCCCUACGCCAGUCAGCGUUUCACAUAGAGAUACAUUGAUGUAAUGUAUCUCUAUGGGCAGCAUUCAGCAUCUCCAUGCAUAAAGUGGAGAUGUUGAUUGCGGCCAUACAAGUUAAUCCAAGUUUUGAUUGCAGUGUCUGACUUCUGCACAUACUUCCUGGACUUAGCACUCUCUCCUCCCAGGACUACUGCUUUGCUGAGAGCAUAGGAUAAUGUGGUUCAUGAAACUGCCUUCAGUCUAUUUGACCGAGUAAGCAUAUCUUUAAAGAAAUUGGCGUUAAGUGGUAUGUUCUGUAUGGAGUAUUUAAACAAUUUAGGACAUUCAUCUAAUACAACUUUAUUAAUAAUGUUUGUCCAUUUUAGGUCUGGGAUUUGCGACAGAACAAACUGAUGUACACAAUGAGAGGGCAUGGUGAUUCUGUUAGUGGUCUUAGUCUCAGUUCUGAGGGCUCUUAUCUCCUGUCCAAUGCGAUGGAUAAUACAGGUAAUACCCUGAAACCUUUUUUUUUUUUUUUUUUAUCAUUGUGUAAUUAUGAGAAUGGGGAAUAUAAUAGAAGUUAGUUGUAGUUCAUGGACUGUACAAUCAAUAGCAUGCAGGUCUAGGUGGAUGAUAAGGUUCUGGCAACACAUCCGAUAUUAAAGUUGAUUAGGGCUGACGUGAAGGACAUUUGGUAAGGUGGUGAUGGUCCAAGUGGAUAUACAGCAAAGGGGUUAGUGCUGAGCAAUGCAGAAAAGUAUUAUGGUUGAUAAAUAAAAGGUCACACAUAAUGUGUUGAAAAAAUUACUUAAAAUUAUUUUAUUUUUCCCCAGUCCGUGUGUGGGAUGUUAGACCUUUUGCACCCAAAGAGAGAUGUGUGAAAGUAUUUCAAGGAAAUGUACACAAUUUUGAGAAGGCAAGUAUUUAAAUGUUCAUAUUGCUUUGUUUGCACUGUUUUUAAUCAUAUGUAAGACAAAGAUUGACGUACCACACAUCUCUUCCAGAAUCUUUUGCGCUGCUCAUGGUCAUCUGAUGGCAGCAAAAUUGCAGCUGGAUCAGCAGACAGGUACAGACUCCAAACCACAACUUCCGAUUCUUUCACAUUUUAGUUUCAUAUUGUCAAAAUAUUACAUUUGCAUAAAGUAAACACUUAAUUUGCCCUCUUUCCUUGUGCAGAUUUGUUUAUGUUUGGGAUACUACAUCCCGAAGAAUUCUCUACAAGCUCCCUGGUCAUGCUGGGUCUGUGAAUGAAGUGGCCUUCCAUCCCGAUGAACCAAUUGGUGAGUAUGAUGUGGUAAUAUUUACAUUGCCUGAUUACAGUCAUCCUCCAUUAAUUAAGAUUUAAGGGGGUGGGUGUAUUCUAGCACUAUAUAAAUAUCAAAAGUGGGGAGUUAAAUAUGUUGGUGGUAAGAAAUUAAUAUAUGAAAAAAAUGUCAAGUUCAAUCUACUUUCCAGUAAUCACAAUUUCUGUUUCCAAUUUCAGUCCUGUCAGCCUCCAGUGAUAAGAGGUUGUACAUCGGAGAGAUCCAGUAAAUAUUUAAUCCAUGAACCGGUCUAUAAGAAUCCACCUACUGAUGCAAUGAACUUAAUUUGUGUAAUCAGCUGGCAAAAGAGACUAUAUACAAUGUGAGCCACACACCUAUCGUGUGUGUGUGUUUUUCCCUGUUAUACAGGAUAAAGAACUUUGAGGUCACUAUUGUAUUUUGCGACUUUGCCUCCAUUGGAGAAGUGAUUUGAGCUGUAGGUCAAAGAUGCAGGUCGGCAAUGGGUAGGGAACAGGUUAAAGAAAUUUUCCAUAGUCUGUUUUUUUUUUUUUUUUUUUUUAUUAUAAUUAACUUAGUCACGUAUCAAAAGCCUAACUGUAAAAUCCUUGACUUGUUUCCUCUAACUUAAAGGAUAGCUUUCAUGAAUCUGUUUGUGUAUUAUAAAAGUUUUUUUUUUUAAUUUUAGUUGUGUAAGUUGUCUUUUAUUUAUGCUUCUUUGCAGUGCCAGAUAUGAGUCAAUUCUUGUAAAGAUUUUUUUUUGAGUGCCAAAACAUGAAUAUUUAUUGUAUUAUUAUUUUCCUCUCAUAUAGUGGCAGUACUGCAAAAAGUGGGUUGUGCCUUCUGCU